CGAAUUGUUCCCAGAAACUCUAGCCAUUGCAGCUCCAUUGUCCCUCCUACCUUUUCCCUUCCAAACAAGUUUGGACAACUUCUCUGCCAUAGAAAUAUGGAGAAGUUCAGUACAGAAACAGUCUAUUUGGCCCAUCUAGUCAAUGCCGAAAAAACAUUUAAGCUGUCUAAUACAACUACCUGCUCCGGGAUCAUCACCCUCCAUAACCCUACAAUCCAGGUUGAGAAUGAGAAGGAAUUUAUCUCCAAGACUCUCAAACACGGCACACCAGUUUUGCAGUCUCUGACUAGAUACUUAAGAAGUGGAGCAAGAGAUUCAAUAGACCAUCUGUCCUUCACAGACUGUGGGGAGGGAUUCAAUCGGUCCUUUGGCCAACUAGCAUGUCUGUCAUUUUACGCAGGGGAAAGGCUGUUCACCUGCUCAGACAGUGGGAAUGGAUUGACGCGGUUAUCUCGAUUGAAGGUACAUCAGCAAGUUCACACUGGGUAAGGCCAUUCACCUGUUCCGUGUGUGGGAAGGGAUUCAGUCAGUCUUCCCACCUGUGCACACACUAGUCAGUUCAUAACACACCAGGCAGAGGCUGGUCAUCUGCUGAACUUCUGGGAAAGGAUCCACUCAGUCAUCUGACCUAAUGGCUCAUCAGCGAGUUCACACUGGGGAUAAGCCGUUCACCUGCUCAGAUUGUGGGAAGAGAUUCAUUCAUUCAUCCAGCCUACAGAGACAUCAGCGAGUUCACACUGGGGAGAAGCCAUUCAUCUGCUCAGAAUGUGGGAAGGGAUUCACUGAUUCAUCCAGCCUACAGAGACAUCAGCGAGUUCACACUGGGGAGAAGCCGUUCACCUGCUCAGAAUGUGGGAAGAGAUUCACUCAGUCAUCCACCCUACAGAAUCACCAGCGAGUUCACACUGGGGAGAAGCCAUUCACCUGCACAAUCUGUGGGAAGAGAUUCACCCAGUCAUCCACCCUACUGAGUCACCAGCGUGUUCACACUGGAGAGAGGCCAUUCACCUGCUUAGAAUGUGGGAAGAGAUUCACUCAUUCAUCCACCCUACUGAGUCACAAGCAAGUUCACACGGGGGAGAGGCCGUUUACCUGCUCAGAAUGUGGGAAGGGAUUCAUUGAUUCAUCCAGCCUGCAGAGACACCAGCGAAUUCACACUGGGGAGAAGCCGUUCACCUGCUCAGAAUGUGGGAAGGGAUUCAUUGAUUCAUCCAGCCUACGGAGACAUCAGCGAGUUCACACUGGGGAGAGGCCAUUCACCUGCUCAGAAUGUGGGAAGGGAUUCAUUCAGUUAUUCCACCUACAGAAUCAUCAGCGAGUUCACACUAGUGUGAGGCCGUUCACCUGCACAAUCUGUGGGAAGAGAUUCACCCAGUCAUCCACCCUACUGAGUCAUCAGCGAGUUCACACUGGAGAGAGGCCAUUCACCUGCUCAGACUGUGGGAAGAGAUUCACUCAUUCAUCCACCCUACUGAGUCACCAGCGAGUUCACACUGGGGAGAGGCCGUUCACCUGCUCAGAAUGUGGGAAGGGAUUCAUUGAUUCAUCCAGCCUACAGAGACAUCAGCGAGUUCACACUGGGGAGAGGCCAUUCACCUGCUCAGAAUGUGGGAAGGGAUUCACUCAGUUAUCCAACCUACUGAGUCAUCAGCGAGUUCACACUGGAGAGAGGCCAUUUGCCUGCUCAGACUGUGGGAAGAGAUUCACUCAUUCAUCCACCGUACUGAGUCAUCAGCGAGUUCACACUGGGGAGAGGCCGUUCAGCUGCUCAGUCUGUGGGAAGAGAUUCACUCGGUCAUCCGACCUACAGAGUCACCAACGAGUUCACAUUAAGGAGAAGCCGUUCACUUGUUCAUUCUGUGGGAAGGGAUUCACUGAGUCAUCCACACUACAGAGUCACCAGCGAGUUCACACUGGAGAGAGGCCAUUCACCUACUCAGUCUGUGGGAAGAGAUUCACUCAGUCAUCCAACCUACAGACUCAUCAGCGAGAUCACACUGGGGAGAAGCCGUUUACCUGCUCAGAUUGUGGGAAAAGAUUCAUUCAUUCAUCCAGCCUGCAGAGACAUCAGCGAGUUCACACUGGGGAGAAGCCAUUCAUCUGCUCAGAAUGUGGGAAGGGAUUCACUGAUUCAUCCAGCCUACAGAGACAUCAGCGAGUUCACACCGGGGAGAAGCCGUUCACCUGCUCAGAAUGUGGGAAGAGAUUCACUCAGUCAUCCACCCUACAGAAUCACCAGCGAGUUCACACUGGGGAGAAGCCAUUCACCUGCACGAUCUGUGGGAAGAGAUUCACCCAGUCAUCCACCCUACUGAGUCAUCGGCGAGUUCACACUGGAGAGAGGCCAUUCACCUGCUCAGACUGUGGGAAGAGAUUCACUCAUUCAUCCACCCUACAGAGACACCAGCGAGUUCACACCGGGGAGAAGCCAUUCAUCUGUUCAUAAUUUGGGAAAGGAUUCACUCAGUCAUCCCAACUACUGGCACACCAGUCAGUUCACAAUGGGGAGUGGCCGUUAUUAUGAAUCCCUAGGUUUUGUUUGCUGUGGACUGUCAUUUUAAGAGAGAGAGACAGAAAUUAGGAUGGUGAGUCAGUCUGACUUGCAGGUUGUUUAAUUUGCUCACAGCUUGUUUAGUUUUAACUGAGGACAGAGACACUCAGACGGAGAGGAAGGAGGAAAAGUGGAAGGAUUGGAACCGGGGAACUAGUGGCUGAGGGUCACUGUUUGGAACUUUCCUGUGACCACAAGGGUGGGUUAAUUAUCGAUUCACCAUAUAUCGAAUGUGUGGUUAUCACCUCGUUUGAUCCAUGGGUGUGGAUCGGAUUUGGCGUAUCCUGUGAAGACCACUUAUGUGUUAACCCUUGUCUGGGUUUGAUGUGAUAAUUCACUUGAAGAUGAUACCCCUUGUGACAAGUCACUUUCAGUGAUAAUUUGUAUGUGGAUUCGGAACGAUGAAGCAUAAAAUCUACAGCGACUGUUGUCUCGUUUUACCACGGUGGAGCCUGUGGAAUUCGACAUAAUUGCCUUCUCUCGCCAUUUACCCUGGAUUACAAAUAUCGCUCUCAUCAUCUAUUCUGUGGUUGUACUGAACUUUCAUACUCUAACACAUCAAGACUUGAAGCCUUGUUUCCCCCAAGCUUAAUAGUUUGGAAAUUAUAUUUACACACAUAUAUACACAUAACUUAUGAUUAUCUUGCUUAAGUUACUGUAUUAUAACUAGAUUCUAAUAAAGAUCCUUUUAUUAUCAAAAACUAUCUUCAGGUGUCGUCUAUUGCUGCUGGUUCGUUUCUAAAGCGUUACGAUUCAUAACAAAAUUGGGGGUGUGUCCUGGAUAUGAACAGAUUUGGGAGCAUAUUGAUUGAUUAAUUAUUGAUUUCAUUGGGGAAAUCCCUUUUGAUUUAUUUGUGUGUGGAAUAUCAGCAUCAACAGAUGUUGAUAGAUUUCCGGAAGCCUCAACCUCUGAGGCAUUAGAGGAUGCCAGUAGGAUUGAGUU